CGCGCACCUGCCGGCCCGUACGGACGUCACCUCGUAACCUCUCUUCAUCGAGCUCCUCGUGUCCCUGGCCCGCUGACCCAAGGAGACGUCCUUCCACCCCGAAUCUGCGCAGGAGCGAGCAUCCUCCAGGUGCGCCCUUUCCUCUCAUUCUGUCCGCCUUCCUUUCCGACCUCACGGCUCAGGGUCAAAUUCCAGUGACGCGCAAACCUUGCGGUUCGAUCGAUAGGUUUUCCGCCCUCGGAAAGGUCGCGAGUCGUCCCGGAUUUUUCCCUCCCCUGCCGGAGGAGCUCCAAGGACUUUGGACGCGAAUCGGUCCUGGAAGAUCUAGGAGAAAAUUCGAACAUGCCGGCCGAUCCUGAACUCAGCAACCUCCUCAGUCGCCGACAAAGGAUCAACGAAGAACUCGAAGAGGGCAAGCAAGUCAAGAGGGAAUACCGAUUCGUCAAUGUUUACACCGAAUUCCAUGAGCUUUCUCGCCGGGAGAUCAAGCAGUACGAGCAGGCUUUCAACAGGUUCGACGCCGGCCACGACGGUUUCCUCGAUCUUCCGGAAUUGAAAAGGAUGAUGGAGGUCCUGGGUGCACCGCAGACUCACCUCGGCCUCAAGGCGAUGAUUCACGAGGUCGACGAGGACCAGGACGGACGCAUAUCUUUCCGAGAGUUUCUGCUGAUCUUCCGGAAGGCGAGGGCUGGAGAAUUGGAGCAGGAUUCCGGGCUCGGUCAGCUGGCCCGUCUGACGGAAAUCGACGUCGACGAGGUCGGCGUCACCGGCGCCAAACACUUCUUCGAGGCCAAGAUCGAGGAAUUGCGCAAAGCGAGCAAAUUCGAGGACGAGAUCCGCAUGGAGCAGGAAGAGCGGAAACGCGAGGAAGAGGAGAGGGCCCUGAGACGCGAGCAAUUUCGACAAAAAGCCGCACUUUUUGGGAAAAAUUAGCCUUACGAGGGCCAACCCUUAACGUAGUUUGGAAAUCAUUUUAAGAAGCGAGACGUAGACGAGAGUUUCCCGAUUUCGUAUCGAAAGGGGCCCAGGAGGUUCUUUUAUGUUCACAUUUCUCUUUCUCUUCUCGUUCGUUCAAGAUAUUCACUUUUCAUAUAUUUUUUUUUUUUCUCCCCCGGAGCCAGAUUCAGCGAUCAGUAUUUUAUCAGGCUGUACUUGACGAAUUCUUUGGAGUAAUUCCAUUUUUAAUUCCAGGACGUUAGGUCGAUUUAACGGACAUGUGUUAAUUUAUUUUAUUCUUGAUUCGAGGAUAUUUUACAUCGUUUAACAGAUUUUACAGUUCGAGUGUGUAGCUCUAUUUGUAAUUUUUUAGCUUCCUACGAGUUGCCUUCGAAGCCACAAUUUUUUACAAAGCUGUCCUUGUUUUUAUAGCUGAAUUUUGCCUUUAUCUGCUGAUUCGUCGCAAGGAAUACCGCGAUCUGCCAGUGUCGUACAAAUCCGCAAGUUUUAAUUUGUUUUUAACUGUGGGAAUGGUUGUGAGUUUUUGUCUUUUAUUUUUUUUUCUUCCUCUCCCUUUUGUCACUUUUCUCGAACUGAGGGGAAUCGGGAGAGUCGGCGAGGAUGCACCUCUGCCGAUGAAUUUCUAGAAGCACGCACGACUGAUGUAUAAUUAGCGUUUGGUAAGGUGUCUUUAAAGUAUAGGAGAUGUCGCCUAGGAUGUUUGUUAAGAUAGUUAUGGAUUUAGGAUAAAUAAGGCCUUGUUGAUUCGGCGAGAAAUUUAAGUCGAGCUCAAGCGAUCGUUUCCUCGUACCCUUUGCCUUGUCUUUUAUCAGUACAACUACUGUUUCUAAUGUUGAACACAGUUCAAGUUUGAGCUCGACCUGAGUUGAAGUUUAAAAGGAAUUCAGUCUGGUUGUUAAUGUAUCCGCCGAUAGGAAAAAGUACUUUGUCCCGCACAUGGUGAUGUUUCCUUUUCCACGCGUAUAUGUAUCUUGUAAAUAAAGUUGUAUGCAUAGUUCUCA